AUGAGAAUCAUGCUUAAUAAAAGCGAACGUAGCCAGAUCCCGAAAGCCAUGAUUGCCCAACCAAAACCAAACACUGUGCAUGCUGCCGUGCGGUGUGUCAGGGAAACAAGAAUCCAAAGCGUGCUCGCACUUGUGUCUUUAGCUUCCUUGAUAUGGCUAAUUAUACUGCAACCCCCUUCACGUUGCUGCUGCGGCUUCUCACCACCCUCUUCGCCAGUUUCGUCCUUUUUCUCUCCCUCCUCCUCUGCAGCUCUGCACGCCGAGGCCAAGCACAAGGCCGUCACCCACAAGCUGCACUUCUUCUUCCACGACGUCGUCAGCGGCCGCAACGCCACCGUCGCCCAAAUCAUCAACCCCGUCAAGUCUCCGCCCACCAGCACCUUCCUCGGCAUGACCAACAUCAUGGACGACCUGCUGACGGAGGGGCCGCAGCCGACGUCGCGGCCCGUCGGCCGGGCGCAGGGCCUCUACGCCUCGUCGAACUCCACCGAGAUUGCCUUCCUCCAGAUCAUGAACAUCGUCUUCACCGAUGGCGCCUACAACGGCAGCGCGCUCACCGUGGUGGGCCGCAACCCGACGCUCCACGACGUGCGCCAGAUGCCGGUCGUCGGCGGCACCGGCCUCUUUCGUUUCGCCCGCGGCUACGCGCAGGCGCACACCCACACCUUGUCCGCCAACGGCGAAGCCAUCGUUGAGUCCAACGUGAAUGUGAUGGUCCCAUGAAGCCGACAAAUUAAGUUGACGAGAAGAACUCCAUUUAUAUUUUAUUUGCUUCCGAAACUUUAGUAAUUCGCCUGAUCUUGUCUAUAAAUUUGCUUCCGAAACUUUAGUAA